AUGACUCCUGGCAUUCCCCGGAUACCUGAGGAUGAUGGACCUAUAGGAUCAGCCGUUGUGCCUGAUGCCACUAUAGUUUCUGGGGCUGAUAGUUUGCCUGAGAGCGGUGUUUCCCCGCCACAGCCGAGAGGUAUGACUGAUUUGCCUACAGGGGUUGAUAUACCCUCCAUGACUACUCAUGUAGUUAUUUUGGAACCUGUCGGAUUUCAGCCUGAGGGGACCUCCGUUGGCCUUGGAUCUCGAUCAUCUCUAUAUGAGCGUGUCCGCGCCCUCUUGGCUGAUACCGAUCCCGAUAAAGAUAUUUUUCGUACAGACCUCGGCCUUUUUACUGUCUUUUAUAACGGCAUGAUCGAGAAACUUCUUCAUCGAGGAUACAGUUUUGAUCAGUUCAGGCGUUCUUUUUCUCGUCAUAUGCCGAUGUUCAGAGAAGAAGGGUAUCCAGAGUUGGCCGAUUCCUUCACUGCCGAUUUCACUGUUCUGGAGUCAGAGAUCCGAGAGUUGAAGGAGUUGAAGGCUGGUAGAGCUUCUUCCUUCGUGUCCUCUCAGAUGGAGCAUAGGCUGACACAGUGGCACGACCUGAGAUCUUCCAUCGGCAGCGAGCUUCGAUCACAUGAGCAUUCUGUUGCGCAGCUGAUGGCUACCGUGGCGAGGAAGGAUACAGAUAGGCAAUGA